AUGCGCCCAUUUUCCGACGAGCAUAACAUUCGCCAACCACUCUUGUCCCCACCCGAGGAAGAAUCCCUCAGUACGAGAUGGCGAAGAGCCGCCCGUGACUUUUUAAGCUCUCGAUGGGGCCAUUGCCUCAUUCUUAUCCUGGUUACAAUAGAUGUCUGCUGUAGCUUUGCAGAGUUUCUCAUCCAGUUGCAUGUCUGCGAGUUGAAGCAGAAUGGUUAUAGGGUGGGCGAGGAAUGGGCCAUCAUCGAGGAAGUCUUAGGCGUCACUGGCCUUGUAAUUUCGUGCUUAUUCAUGGUGGAGUUACUCGCAGCAGCCUUGAGCUUUGGUAUGGGGUACUUUUCAAACUGGUUCCACAUUUUUGAUUCUCUCGUGAUUCUUGUCGCAUUCAUCAUUCAAGUCUCACUCCGGGGAGUGGAAGAAGAAGUGGGCUCGCUUGUCAUCGUUUUGCGUCUCUGGCGAGUUUUCCAAAUUAUCGAGGAGUUGAAGUCUGCUAGUGAAGACACUAUGGAGCAGUAUGAGGAGGAGAUAGAAAGGCUUCGGCAAGAGAACGCUAGUCUCCGCGGAAGACUGAAUCUGAAUCUAGGAGGGAGUGAAGAUCUAGAAGGGAAUGUCGCCUAG